AUGGAUCCCAACACAACUCCAGCCCUGGAGCCGCCUCCCGGGGAGGUCAGCAAUCUUCAUGAUCCAUACUCUCUCCGUGUUUACAUGUACAUUACAGCAUCCCUGGCGCUGACUCUUUCAACUGCUGCGGUCAUUCUUCGCAUCUAUACCAAAGCCCGGGUGACACGAAGCGUGCAAUUCGAGGAAUACAUCUUGAUGUUAUGUCAACUCGGAAAUUUCGCUUUCACAGGCGUGAUGAUUUAUGCGGUGCAGCUGGGACAAGGAACCCAUCAAUGGAAUAUCUCCAUUGCGCAUGUUCAACGGCUUAUUCAGCUCGCAAACAUAAUAGAAAUUAUAUACUGCCCUACUAUCCUCGGCGCAAAAACCGCAAUGGUGUUACAGACAAGGAGAUUCUUUGUGGUUAACAGUCGCGGGAAGGUAUACUGGCUACAUGAAGUCCUGCUAUGGACCAAUGUGGCGUGCUACCUUGCCCUGAUGUUGAGUUUUAUUUGCGCCUGUGUUCCCCGGAACAAGCUGUGGGAACCAACAAUCCCAGGGAAAUGCGUAUCAUCGAAUGGCAUUCUCAUCGCUUCGUCGGUUCUCAACGUGAUUUCCGACGUUGCUAUGCUUUUACUCCCUCUGUGGGUGGUGAAACAGCUUCAGCUUCCUCGAAAAAUCAAAAUAAUGCUCAGUGCGAUCUUUGGGACAACAGUUUUGGCCAGUAUAUCAAGCACCUGUAGACUGAUAUAUGGAGUGAAGUUAACUCACACUGAGGAUUUCACCUGGGGAAUAAUGCCGGUUGGGCUUUGGGCUGUCGCUGAAAUUGCCAGUAUUAUUAUCGCGAGCUCAUUCCCGAUGCUGCCAGGGUUUGUCAAAUAUAUUAAAGACCAAGCAAGGUCCGGUCAAGGACAAUCAUCAUCGGGCAAGUCAAAUUACAAUGUGUCUGGGCCAGGGCAGAGUCAGAGUGUUGUUUUGAAUAGUAUCAAAGGACAACGAUUUUCGCUCAACAAAUCUCGCGACCGAAACAGUUAUCAUCAGAUACACGAUUUCGCUAAUGGAAAUCACAAUGCGGGAGAUAUCACGAAAACUAUCCAUAUUCAGACACAAUCUGACCCAGUGUAA